UCCCACUUGCAUAUUGCGGCCUCUUGAUUCACCACCCAUUUUGUGCAUCGCAGUGAUACGACUUGGUUUAGCUGGCACACCCACGCGGCACCAUCUACGGUAGAUAACUCAAUCUAUUAUUUCACAAUGCCCCGUCCUCGGCCAAAGCGGUCGCGGGUCGCUCCGGCGCGCCCCGCUGUCCCAAGCGAUGCGCACGAGUCCUCUGCAACGCCCCCAAUGGCCGCGACACAGUCCGCCGUCGCGCUACCCAAAGAACCCAGCAGUGAUAUCUACGACGUCAGCGACCGUGAGAAGGAGCGUAGGAGGCUGCGCGCCGCCGGGGAGGCAAAUGCCAACGCGUCGCAAACCCAGACCCGCACCUCAUAUCAGCUUAACCCGAACCCGGAGCAAGCACAGGCCCUGGAGGACUCUAGACGCAGGCGGGACAAUGCAAUGGAAAGACUGGACGAUCUCACCUCAACAUCAAGACCGAAUGAGGCAGAGAGCCCAGCGAUCACGCACGGUCGCCCAGAGUCGGAGAGGGACGGGAAACCUCGACUGACUGACGCGUCAGGCCUGGAUCUAGAUGACGAGCUUUUUGGGAAUCUCGACGACAGUCUGAAUGAUAGCGAACAUGCAGUUGAAGACACGCGGUCCGGGUACCGCUCGACGGAUACCUCCUCCUUCAAUAUCGCCAUGUUCAAGCGCAGGCCACGGCAGUCGAGCAUUGCUGGAAGGGAUGAUGCGCCAAUUCGACCGAGCAGCCGAGGACAGAACACUCCAAGUAUUAGCACAAGGCUCAAUCUCGGAAUGUUCAAGCGGCGGGCGCGAGAGCCGAGCAUUCUCGGGACAGGACGGCGCAGACAGCGGUCUCGGUCACAGACUUCACAGGCGUCGCGGAACGCCAGUAUCCUGGGAGAUGGCGACGAUUCCGGACCGGACGGCGAAUCAACCCCCAUAGACAAGACGAGGAGACAGACACGCGCGUCGUUUGCCACAAGUGGAGAAGGGUCGCCUGUCCAAACCUCAAAGAAGCGAAAAUCCUUGGAGAGCCACGAGGAUGGCCGGGAGAAGAGACCUGCCCUAGAGACGGAGGAUGCGGAGGCAGACGAUGUUCAUCAGUCGAUAGAGGUUGAUAACGAACCUGUUACUUCGCCCCGGCGCGGUCGUGCCCGAGAACGGGAGCCUCCUUCCACUCCGGUCCGGGAAGACGAUCCAGAUAUGGCCCCUCCUCUCAGCAGCAGCUCCUCCGAAGGAAGCAGUCCAGUUGCUUGGCCUUCUCUCGACACACUCGCUCACCGCACCUAUACCCGAAAACCCCCACCAAGAGCCCAGACAACACCGGAGCCGGGCGAUGCUGCAUCGGAUAUUUCUUCUCCGCCGUCGCUGACUCACUCACCGAACUACACGAGCGCAAGCACCAAGGCCAAGGCACAGAAAAAGGCUUCCGCGCCCCAAAAGAAACUCACCACGGCGGAUCUAACUUCUCUUCUGCCACGUCGGCGACACAAAGUGUCCAACCGCAACAGUGACAGCAAUGAUCCCUUCGACGCAGAGGGGUCAGAUGACGAUCGCUACGACGCCUCCACUACUGUGGACGAUGAAGUUUCCUACGUGGAGGCGCGGACCGCGCGGAGGAGAAAAGCCGCGCAGCAGCCACUGAGCAAAUCAGCGCCUAAUCGGAGGGACAAGGAUGUCCAAGCCGCGAACCGACGCAACAAACGAACAUAUGGGUCAAAUGAUAAGGAAAACGAGGAAGUCGAGGAGGAGAUUGUCGUCAAUAGUGGAGUCGAGGAGGCUCUCGAUGAGGAGACGCCUGAAGAAGAGACGAGUCAGAUGAUGAAGGAACGCUUGGGGGAGGAGCUCCAACAAGCUGUGAAGAAGUUCAAGGAAGUGGACAAGUGGGAGUUGUCGUUUGAGGAAGUCACGAGGAGUUCUUCACCUCCUUUUGCACGUUGAUGAGACUGGGAACUGAUGAAGGCGAUUCUUGGCUUGCAGGACGGAGGAGCUUGGCUCGGAAGCCGUAUUUGCGGAUUUGCUGCUAUUUCGGGAAUGGAUAUCCCACAGCCUCUCUCCAUUAGCUCGAGGGGCCCGGCACUGGGUAAGCGCUUGCUUGUUGGCAUUGCCUGGUAUCUUAUGCUGAACAGAGAUUACGAUAAUCGGUAAGAAAG